AAUCGUCGCGCGGGGACUGGUACUAAACGCGGGAAGAAAAUAACUUGCUUCGCUUUGCAUUUCAUAGGGCAAGUUUGUAGAAGUUCAUUGUUUUUCUCCACGAUUUCUCGUAUUUAAAGUAAUCAUUUUCUCAAACUUUCACGAUGAGUGAAGCUUGGCCCAGCCUUUUUGGUCUCUUUGGCGAUCAAGACGAGGAAGAAAGUGGUGACACAGGACAGCAAGCAUAUGCUGACAACAAGGAUAACUUGAUUAUCGUUAUUGAUUGUUCGCCAUCAAUGUUCGAAACAGUAGAAGAGGAAUUACCAUUUCAAAUAGCCAUCAAGUGUUGCAUUAGCAUUCUUAAGAACAAGAUUAUUAGUAACUUCAAGGAYACAUUUGGUCACAAUGAUGGUUUCUCUAUCAAUGAUGUCUUAUGGACCUGCUCAAAUAUAUUYUCUCAAAGUGGUCAAAAAUCUGGUCAUAAACGMAUCAUGUUAUUCACCAAUAAUGACAAUCCCCAUGGCAACAACAGAACUCUACAGAACCAAGCAAUCACCAAAGCAAGGGAUUUAUUUGACAUCKGCAUCACGAUAGAACUAAUGCACAUGCGUCCUUCUAGUGGAGUUUUUGAUGUCUCUUGUUUCUACCAGGAUAUCAUCAGCAAUGAUGAUGAUGAAUUUGUGGCAUUACCUGAUGCAUCAUCAAAGAUAGAUGAGUUACUUGCAAGAGUUCAAAAGAAAGAACACAAGAAAAGGUCUAUGGCUAGUAUCCCCUUUACUUUGGCUGAUGGUGUGGACAUGGGAAUCAAUGUAUUUAACUUAUGCCGUCCUGCAACCAAGUCAAGUUACGUCAAUCUCGAUAGUCGCACAAAUGAAGAACUCAAAACAMACACUAAAUACAUCUGCAAGGACACAGGACUAGAAUUGAUGCCCACUGAUAUCAAGUAUUAUCAGAUGUUUGGAGGCGAAAAGGUUAUCUUUGAGAAAGAAGAGGUGGCAGCAAUGAAAACAUUUGGCAAUCCAGGUCUUUUAUUGAUGGGUUUCAAACCAAGAAAAUAUUUAAAGAGAUACUAUCAUAUCAAGCCUGCUCAUUUCAUUUACCCUGAUGAAAAGUCUGUGACUGGCAGURCCACACUAUUYUCUGCUCUUCUGACCAAAUCUCUUGAGAAGGAUUGUGUGCCGAUUUGUAGAUACAUUCCAAGGGCUGCCUCAGCUCCUUACUUUGUUGCACUCCUACCACAGAAAGAAACUUAUGAUGAACACAAUGUCCAGACGCAUCCACCUGGUUUUCAUGUCAUCUUUCUGCCAUUUGCCGAUGAUAUGAGGAAACUUAAUUACCCUGAAACAGCCAAAGUAAGUGUUGUUGCACCAGGUUAUGCCUCAUUCCCAAACUCUUUAUCAACAGAACCAAAUAAUGACAAACUAGACAGAAGAGCUGGUUCAUUGAUGGAUGAAUUCAAAGAAAUGGUUUAUCCUGAGGGUUAUAACCCCUCUGCUAAGCCAGCAGCAUCUAAGAGAAAGGCUGGAGGUGAUGGGGCUGCAGCCAAAAGAGUGAAGACAGAGAAUGUAGAUGUCAAGGAAGAAGCAGCGAAAGGAAGGCUCGCAAAAUUAACAGUACCAAUACUGAAGGAUUUUGCAAAGCAAGCGGGGAUAACAGUGGGGACAAAGAAGGCAGAUAUUAUUGACGCUAUCAACAGACAUCUUGGAAUAUGAACCCAAAAAAGUAUUUCUACAAAUCAAGAACAA